UCCGUUUCUAAGCCGAACUGUCUCAGUGUUUUGAGUCGGAUGACAGAUUUCUGACCUCGCAAAGCAAUCCCAGCGGGGGGCUCUGUUGAUACCGGUAAAUAAGCGCUCGCCUCCAACGCCAGAAAUAACAGUGAGAAUGCCAGUCAAGAAGAAAGACACCGAUCGAGCUUUAGCGCUACUGGAAGAUUACUGUAAGAAGCUGAAAAAGCCAGAAGAGAAGCAAUUGAAACGGGCCAUCAAGAAAGUGAUGGGCAUCUUUAAAAGCAGUUUAUUCCAGGCGUUGCUAGACAUUCAAGAGUUUUAUGAAGUGACGCUGCUCAACUCCCAGACAACUUGCCAGGAAAAAAUAGAGGAGGUGAAUCAAGUUGCCGAAAAAUGGGAAAAUACACAAUCCCUCGCUACCGACAACGGCAGUCAGCACAAACCCCAAGAGACCGCUGCUUCGAAUGGGCCGCCAGACAGAUGGGCCACAAGCACAGACCAGGACAAGGGGAACCAGUCUUCUGAGAACCAUUCCACAGACAAAACAGCCAAGCAGAGCCACAGCAGAUGCCCUGCCCACAAAUGUUCUGUCGAAUCGCCGGGGUGGAUGCCCAUUCAACACUCUACCAAGUAUCGCUACCAAGAUGAGGAUGGUCCACACGAUCACAGUUUGCCUCGUUUAACCCACGAAGCCAGAGGGCCCGAACUUGUUCACAUUUCCGAAAAGAAUUUGUCCCAGAUAGAAAAUGUCCACGGAUACGUCCUGCAGUCGCACAUCUCCCCUCUGAAGGGAGAGAACUGGCUCUCUCUCUCUGUUCCUUGGAAGGGAGCCAGCCCUGCUCCUAUAAUCGUCAACACAGAUACAUUGGACACUAUCCCCUACGUCAAUGGAACGGAAAUUGAAUAUGAAUUUGAAGAAAUCACAUUGGAAAGGGGUAAUUCUGGCCUGGGUUUCAGCAUUGCCGGAGGAACAGAUAACCCACACAUUGGGGACGAUCCCGGGAUAUUUAUUACCAAGAUCAUACCAGGAGGAGCUGCAGCAGAGGAUGGUAGACUCAGGGUCAACGACUGCAUCUUGCGGGUGAACGAGUUCGAUGUGUCGGAGGUUUCGCACAGCAAAGCGGUCGAGGCGCUCAAAGAAGCUGGGUCCAUAGUGCGACUCUACGUCCGUCGAAGGCGACCUAUCCUGGAGACAGUGGUCGAGAUCAAGCUGUACAAAGGGCCCAAAGGUCUGGGAUUCAGCAUUGCAGGCGGUGUGGGGAAUCAGCACAUCCCUGGAGACAACAGCAUUUACGUCACGAAAAUUAUUGACGGAGGGGCGGCGCAGAAGGACGGAAGGUUGCAAGUUGGAGACCGGCUUCUUAUGGUAAAUAAUUACUGUUUAGAAGAAGUAACUCACGAAGAAGCUGUAGCAAUAUUGAAAAAUACAUCGGACGUAGUGUAUUUAAAAGUUGGAAAGCCCACCACCAUUUACAUGACUGAUCCUUAUGGCCCGCCAGAUAUUACCCAUCCUUAUUCCCCACCAAUGGAAAACCAUAUACUGUCUUCAGGCAACAACGGCACUUUAGAAUACAAGGCAUCUUUGGCCCCCAUCUCUCCGGGAAGAUACUCGCCUAUCCCAAAGCACAUGCUAGUGGAGGAUGACUAUACCAGGCCUCCUGAACCAGUUUACAGCACUGUGAACAAAUUCUGUGAUAAGCCACCUUCUCCUAGGCACUAUUCCCCUGUCGAGUGUGAAAAAAGCUUCCUCCUUUCAGCUCCCUAUCCCCACUACCACUUAGGCCUGCUCCCUGACUCUGAGAUGCUCAGUCAUUCGCAGCACAGCACGAUCGCCCGGCCGCCCACAGUGAGCAUACAGCGGAGUCUUUCUAUAGAAGGGGAACCUCGAAAAGUUGUCCUGCAUAAGGGCUCGACGGGUCUCGGGUUUAACAUUGUGGGAGGAGAAGACGGCGAAGGCAUUUUUGUAUCCUUCAUCCUAGCGGGCGGGCCGGCCGACCUCAGCGGAGAGCUGCAGCGAGGAGAUCAGAUUUUAUCCGUGAAUGGAAUUGAUCUUCGUGGUGCUACGCAUGAACAGGCUGCUGCGGCACUCAAAGGCGCGGGUCAGACCGUCACCAUCAUAGCACAAUACCAGCCAGAAGAGUACGCUCGAUUCGAGGCCAAAAUCCAUGACCUGCGUGAACAGAUGAUGAACCACAGCAUGAGUUCUGGGUCGGGCUCCCUGCGAACCAAUCAGAAGCGUUCCCUCUACGUCAGAGCCAUGUUUGACUACGAUAGAAGUAAAGACAGCGGCCUCCCGAGUCAAGGGCUCAGCUUCAAGUACGGAGACAUCCUCCAUGUGAUCAACGCCUCCGAUGAUGAAUGGUGGCAGGCCAGAAGGGUCAUGCUGGAGGGGGACAGCGAGGAGAUGGGGGUUAUUCCCAGCAAAAGAAGGGUCGAAAGGAAAGAGCGAGCACGCUUAAAGACAGUGAAGUUUAACGCGAAACCGGGCGUGAUUGACGCAAAAGGGUCAUUCAAUGACAAGCGUAAAAAGAACUUCAUCUUUUCACGAAAAUUUCCAUUCUACAAGAACAAGGAGCUGAGUGAGCAGGAAACGAGUGACCCGGAACAACAUGUUUCUUCUCUUGCCAGCGAUAGCGAAAGUAGCUACAGAGGACAAGAGGACUGCAUUCUCUCCUACGAGCCAGUCACAAGGCAGGAAAUUAAUUAUACCAGACCGGUUAUCAUCCUUGGUCCUAUGAAAGAUCGGAUCAACGAUGACUUAAUAUCUGAAUUUCCUGACAAAUUUGGCUCUUGUGUACCACAUACAACUCGACCAAAGCGUGAUUACGAGGUGGAUGGGAGAGAUUACCAUUUUGUCAUGUCUAGAGAACAAAUGGAAAAAGAUAUCCAAGAGCACAAAUUUAUAGAGGCCGGGCAGUAUAAUGAUAAUCUGUAUGGAACGAGUGUGCAGUCCGUGAGAUUUGUGGCAGAAAGGGGCAAGCACUGUAUACUUGACGUAUCGGGAAAUGCCAUUAAGCGGCUACAAGCAGCGCAACUCUAUCCCAUUGCUAUCUUCAUUAAGCCGAAAUCCUGGGAGCCUCUCAUGGAAAUGAAUAAACGCCUCACAGAGGAGCAAGCCAAGAAAACGUACGACCGAGCAAUGAAGUUAGAGCAAGAAUUCGGAGAAUAUUUUACAGCUAUCGUCCAAGGAGAAACCUUAGAAGAUAUAUACAACCAAUGCAAACUUGUCAUUGAAGAACAAUCUGGGCCUUUCAUCUGGAUUCCCUCCAAGGAGAAGCUAUAAAUCUGUCAUUCACUUUUAAUCACGAUGGAAGAAUAUUUAGAAGAAAACCUUAAUCCUAUACUAUUUGGAAGCUUUUUUUUCUGGGGUGGGGAUUUUAUUUUUUAAAAAAACAAAUUGGGUUGCUUUUAUGUUUCUUGCAGUCAAUGUGAAUUUUUUUCUGAAUGUACAACACAAAGUGUUCGAAGCCAUGAAGGACAUUGGUUUGGUCAUAAAGGGUAGAG